AUGUCUGAGAAAACUUCUACUCAAUCGUCUAAAGUCGUAGCUAUUGUUGGUGCUGGACUUGGUGGAUCUCUCUGUGCUUGUUUCUUUGCCAAACAUGGUAUUCAAGUUCAUCUCUUCGAAUUACGUCCAGAUAUUCGAACACAAAAAGUGGUCAAGGGUCGUAGUAUCAAUAUGGCACUUUCGCGUAGAGGUCGUGAUGCUCUCGCCUAUGUAGGUUGUGAAACAACCAUCGUCAACAGUGGCAUAGCAAUGCGUGCUCGAAUGAUACACGAGCUGAACUGUACCAAACAUCCUAUCCCUUAUGGUACGCGCGCAGAUCACGAAAUCUUGUCGAUUGAUCGUCGUACUCUCAACGAACUGCUAUUAAAUGGUAGUGCAUCAGGCAAUCGAGUUGACUUUCGUGUCGAUGUCGUGAUCGGCUACGAUGGGUGUCAUUCAGCCGUACGAACAGCAAUGAUGAAAAUUGAUGCAAUUAAUGUCGCUCAAGAAUAUUUUGAAACCUAUUACAUGGAAUUUUGUAUUCCACCUAAAAAUGAUCAGUUUGUUAUGGAACCAAAUUAUCUUCAUAUUUGGCCACGCCAUCAAUUUAUGCUCAUCGCUUUACCGAAUCAAGACAAAUCUUUCACGACAACACUCUUCUCACCAAUUUCGAUCUUUCGAACAUUGGAAACGGCUGAUGAUGUCUUGACAUUUUUUCGUCAAUACUUUCCAGAUGCAGUAUCAUUCAUUGGCGCGAACGAGAUCAUCGAGACAUAUUUCUCAUCGAAGCCUCAACCAUUGAUCUCCACCAAAUGUGAACCUCAUACAACAUACAAUGGUGAUAUGCUUCUCAUGGGUGAUGCUGCUCAUUCAAUGGCACCCUUUUAUGCUCAAGGUAUGAAUUCAGCAUUCGAAGAUUGUCUUGUUCUCUUUGACAAAUUAAAAGAGAAUAAUUUCGAUUUUCCAAAAGCAUUUUCUGCUUACAAUCGUCCAUUACGAAUACAUAAACAAAUUUCAAUUGAAUAUCUUGAUUCUAAUGAAAUGAUAAAUUAUUUCGAUGAUAUAUCAACAUAA